AUGUACUCUCAAUUAUAAACAUUAGAUUUAUAUGAAGAUGAUGAUUACUAAAACCUUAUGAUGGAUUGUUAUUAGGAAAAUAAACCUAUUAUCUUGGAGAAUAAAAAGUAGGAAAAAAUGAUGAUUUUGAAAGAAAUAGGAGAAUUUCUAUUAUAUGAAGAUUAUUUACUUAAUUGUUAUUUAAAAUCUAAUAAGCCUACUGUAGAUAAUUUUUUUGACUCUUAAAUUUAGAUAUAUAAAUUUGAUAAACAAAAAUAAAUAUUUGAGCCAUUCAAUAGAUAGAAAUUAUCAAUGAAAAAAUGUAUUAUUGUUUGAAAAUCUUUAGAUUUUACAAUCGGUAAUAAUACAUCCUUAAAAAAUAAUGAGUUAGAAAUCAAUGAAAUAGCAUUCAAUGAUGCUCAAGUAGAAUUGAUACAUCUUGAAGUAAAUUAUGAAGAUUUAUUAUUACCAAUAAAUAAUAAAAAAAAUAUGAUGGAAUAAUUAAAUAAAAGAAUAAAUGAAAGUGAUUUCAACAUAUCAAGUAAAAUAAAAUAAAAAAUUGUAAGUUAAAGAAUAGCAGAUGAUGAUAAUUAACUAAAAGUUAAAAAUGCAAAAAAAUAAUAUUAGUAAUAUCCUAUGAUAGAUGUAAAUUCUUAUGCUGAAUAUUCAAAAUUGAAAUUAAAUAGAAAAUUUAAAUUAGGUGGUGGAGAUUGGAAUCGUAAUAUCUUAUAAAUUUUAGAAAUUAACAGAUGCUUUGAAAUCUUACCAAAAGAAUAAUCAAAUAUCAAUUAUUAAAUAAGAGGGACUAAUUAUAGUAUUCAAUAUCUUAAAAAUAAUUAAUAAGAAUAAGAAAUAAAGAUAAUUUUAUAAUCUCCAGCUAUCAAAAUAAAAAAUGAUUUUGAUGAUUAUCAAUACAUUUUAAUUGCAAAUUAAAAAAAUGAAUUUAGUAUAGGAAGGUCUUCAUCUAAUGAUAUAUAAACUGAGGAUAAAAAUAUCUCUAGAAACCAUUGUUUAAUAAGAUACUUAUAGAAUUAAAAAUUUUUGGGAGAGUGGGAAAUUAUGGAUUUAUAAAGUGCUUAAGGAACUUGGUUGUUAAUGUAAGACGAUUCAUAUUACAAGAUUGAUAAUAUGACUAGAAUAAGAGUUGGAUCAAAUAUAGUAAAAUUAGAGUUUUUGAAUAAAGAAGAGAAUUAAUGUAAUAAUGAAUAAUAAGAAGACGAAAAUGAAAAUGAAGAAGAUUUGACUGAAAGUCUAUUGUAAUUAUGACAAAAUAAAUUAUAUAUAUAAUUAUUUAAAAAAAUACAAAAAUGAUAAAUAAAAAAUCUUCAACAAAUAAGCAACAAGAAUGGUAACAUAGGCAAACGAUUAAUAAGAAGUAGUUACAGUAAAAUAGAUAAAUUAUUUUAAGUAAAAUCAAUAAGCAUCCAAAUACACUUUAAAUUAAAUUGUAGGAAAUGGGACAUUUGGAAUGGUUUAUUUGGUAAAGAGGUAAGGUUAUGAUAGGCUACAAAUAAUUAAACUAAUGAAAAAGUUGCCAUUAAAAAGGUGUUCUAAGAUAAGCGUUAUAAGAAUAGAGAGCAUAUAAUAAUAUAAGAAUUGAAUAAUCCAUGUGUUGUAAAAUUAAAAGAGGCAUUUUUUACAUAAGGUGAUAAGUAAUGAAAAGUUAAUUUAUAAAGGGAGAUGAUAUUUAUUUAAAUUUGGUUAUGGAUUAUAUUCCAGAUGCAUUAAGUAAGGUGAUCAGAUAUUAUAAGAAGGCGAAAUAACUUUUUCCAGUAGUUUUGUUGAAAAUUUAUAGUUAUUAAAUGUUUAGAGCUUUAGCAUAUUUAGAAGGUAGAUGUCAUUUUAAUAAUAAUUAAGGUGUUGGAAUAUGCCAUCGAGAUAUCAAACCUUAGAAUAUUUUAGUUGAUCCAAAUAGUCAUAUACUAAAGAUUUGUGAUUUUGGUUCUGCAAAGAAAUUACAAAAAGGAGAACCUAACGUUGCUUAUAUAUGUUCCAGAUAUUAUAGAGCACCCGAAUUAAUAUUUGGAGCAACUGAAUAUUCAACUGCUAUAGAUAUGUGGUCUAUAGGUUGUGUGAUAGUCGAAAUGACAAUUGGUGAUCCUUUGUUUCCAGGUGAAAGUGCCACUGAUCAAUUAGUGGAAAUCAUUAAAAUUCUUGGAACUCCAACUCUUGAAUAAGUGAAAUUGAUGAAUCCUAUGCAUAAGGAAUUCAAAUUUCCACAAAUAAAGAGUCAUCCUUGGAAUAAAGUAAUUAAAUUUCAUCUUAAAUCAUAUUUAGGUGUUCCAAAAAUUUAACCAGAUCCUUUGUUUGUGGAUUUGAUAUCUAAAAUUAUGUUGUACCCUCCUAAAGAAAGAUUGAGACCAUUAGAAGCUUUUUCUCAUCCUUUCUUUAAUGAAAUUAGGGAUGAAAAAUUUGGAAUUCCAAAUGUAUAAUUAACUAACUUUUUUGACUUUUCAAAAGGUAUAAAAUAAUACCAAUUUUUAGAGGAAUUAUAGAUAUAACCUGAAAUUUCAUUUAAGUUAACUCCAUAAUGGUAUUCACAAAAGAGGAUAUGA